GUCCGAGGUGCUCGCGCAGAGAGAGCAGGCUGCGGGCACUUGACAUGGCGGCAGCGGCGGCAACUGCAGCGACGAAAGGGAAUGGAGCCGGCGGUGGCCGGGUCGGGGCGGGCGAAGCCGCCGGCACGCGGAAGAAGAAGGGCCCGGGGCCUCUGGCCACGGCGUACCUGGUCAUCUACAAUGUGGUGAUGACCGCGGGGUGGUUGGUUAUAGCAGUUGGUUUGGUCAGAGCAUACCUGGCUAAGGGGAGCUACCAUAGCCUUUAUUAUUCAAUUGAAAAGCCUUUGAAAUUCUUCCAAACUGGAGCCUUAUUGGAGAUUUUACAUUGUGCUAUAGGAAUUGUUCCAUCUUCCGUUGUCCUGACUUCUUUCCAGGUGAUGUCAAGAGUUUUUCUAAUAUGGGCAGUGACACAUAGUGUCAAAGAGGUUCAGAGUGAAGACAGCGUCCUCCUGUUUGUUAUUGCCUGGACAAUCACGGAAAUUAUCCGUUACUCCUUUUAUACAUUCAGUCUAUUAAACCAUCUGCCUUACCUCAUCAAAUGGGCCAGGUACACACUUUUCAUCGUGCUGUACCCCAUGGGAGUGUCGGGAGAACUGCUCACCAUCUAUGCAGCUCUGCCCUUUGUCAGGCAGGCUGGCCUGUACUCCAUCAGUUUACCCAACAAAUACAACUUCUCCUUUGACUACCAUGCCUUCCUGAUUCUGGUCAUGAUCUCCUACAUUCCAAUUUUUCCCCAGUUAUACUUCCACAUGAUACACCAGAGAAGAAAGAUCCUUUCUCAUACUGAAGAACACAAGAAAUUUGAAUAGAUCCGGCUUUCUGCACCCCCCCCCAACCAAACUUUUCAAUGAUCAAAAAAUGCUGCAGACUUUUUGAGUUCCCAGUACGUUUCAUAGAAUAUAAGUAAGAACUAUUUUUAAAAUACUAAAACAAAACAAAAACCAAAAUCCAGUGUCACAUGGGCCUGGGAUUUUAUAAAAAGAUAAAGAAAAGAAAAAAAAAGGCUGUUACAUACAAUGUCCUGGCCGGUCCAUUUCCGCAUGCUUUUCCAACCAGAAGAUCCCAAUAUUCAUGAUGGCGCUAGAAAGGGAUUUGGCAUUAUAUCUCCUAUGUCCUUCCUGUAUCUGGUAAAUAAAGGUCUGUAACACUAACUACUUGAGAGUUACAGUCUGAGCAUUGAAGUUGCACCAGCUGACUGCCCAGCUGGCAGCGGAGUUGAGCUGCAGCCUGCAGUGCGUUCGCAUUCCCUUCUCAAAGUGCUUGACUGCAUGCUGGAAAACUAUUUGUAUUUUUGAAGCGGCAAACUUUGUUCUCUGGAAUGCUCUGAAGUUAUGGCUGGGACCUAGCUCCUCAUAUCUAGUGAAUGAAUCCUAAAACGUAUAUGCCUGUGAAGCUUUGGGGUAGUGCCCUUAAACAGAAAACCACUAGAGCCUUUCUGUUUGUUUUCAGUUGAGUCAUUACUGCCUGCCACUAAGAAAUGUGCUUGAAUUUAAUAAGUAUGUGUAUAUUGUAAAGAACCUAACUUACCUGGAGCUCGGCCUCAAUCUUAUUUUAAUAAAUGACAGUUCUCUGAGAGGUAAAACUCAAUAGCUAGUAAGUGACAAGUACCUUGCCCAGUACUGUUUGCAGAGCACCUCUGAGUAAUGUAUCUGCCAAUAGCUAUUCUCAUUUAUGGACUCGAAACCCAUCUGUCACAUAGGAGCAGGGAGUCUAUUAUUAAAAGCAUAUAGAAGGUGUUGCUUUGGAAAUAUGGUUUGGGAAAGCAUUCAGGAAUGGCUUUAUAUACUGUUAUUUAAUGUUUAAUUCACUCUUCUGUCUAGAUAAUUUGCCUAACUAUGGUCCUGUGUUAAUUCCCACCAACUUGUCGAUUCAGAGGCAGCUUAUGUUCUGAAUGGGCAGUCUUGAGCUAAAAGCAGAUCAUCUCUGCAUGUUGGAGCAGCCACAGAAUAGUUUGGUCCUGUGGACAGUGCUAUGUCUUCAUGCUAUUUAAUUGUUCAAUUGUGCAUUAAAACCCAAGAAAGGGUUGGAUGAAAAUGUAAACCCAAGAUGAGAUUGAUAACACAGCUUAGAUUAUAAACAUAGUAUCUUUAUGGAGCUUUUUUCCUUCUUCAUUAUUUUUUCUUYUUUUAGUUGUUGAUCUUUAAAAGUCUAGCUUAGAUGAGUAAAUGUCACUUAAAAUAUAAUUGAUAAUAUCAGAAAAAUGUUAAUUUAAAACGAAAUUUUUAAAUCCUUAUUUUUUUUGCCAUAAAAGCUUGAAGAGCUCAUGCAGGCAGGUGUGUACUAAAUUAUUUUUUAAUCAAACAUUAAGAUUCUACUUGGCCAAGUCAACUCUUGAGUUAGAUCUAUUCUUGUACAUGUGGGAAAUUUGUUUUUAUGCUUUUUUUCUCUUCAUACUUUUCCAAAAUGUAUUUCUACUGUAAAAUAGCGUCAGCUUGGGUAUCAUAUCAGCCUCAUAACUGGAUUUGGUUAAGAUUUUUUCCGUUGUUUUGGGGGUUGUUGCAGAAGGUGGGGUGGAAAGGGCAGGUUUUCCAGCAUUGCAGGACGGGGAGUUUCAUUCAAGUCUAUUAUCAUUUGUCACAUUUAUGGAAAAUAUUGUACUGCCUACAGUGGGAUUACAUCAGAUUGAACUUUGGCAAUGAGGACAUAGCAAACAACUCCCUUUUCCAAAAGGGUCUCAACCCCCCACGUGCGUUUUGUACAUCAGUGUUUCAAAUACUUAUGGCAGAUAAGUAAGGCAUGUCACUGUGUCCUUCCGUAACCUCUCUCAGUCACUUUCUUUUUCUCCCUAACACAAGUUAAUUUUUCCUUUGAAGUGGUGGUGUUCUUUUAUAAAUUUGAGCACAUCCAACCCCACCAGAUGUCACAUCUUCUUAUGAAGUGUGAACAAGGAAGGUGAUGUUCAGUGGGUAUUUUGUCAGACUUAGAAGUUUAAUUUCAGUGCAUCGUCAAAGACAGAUUGCUGUUGCAGACCCCCGCUGGGGCCCCUUUGAGGUGUGCUUUGAGGUUUAUGCAGCUUCACAGACACAAGGUGCUGAUCUGCAUCUUGCUGCAUCCUGCUUGCUGGGGUUGGGAUCUCAUCACACUGUCCUCCCACAUGGGGAAGUGCCUCUAAAGCAGGCUUUGGGUGGGAAGGAAGGUGUGGAGCCCAGGAGGCAUGUGGGGAAUCAGGCCCUCCUGACCCUGUUGUAUUGGUUAUGUGGUUCUAAUAAAAGGCUGGUGUCAAUGUGGUCCAACCUGAGCAUUGUUUUCAGUUCUGAAUUUCAGAUCAACCAUUCUAAAACAUCAAAUUCAAUAUACAGUGCUCCUUUGAAAUUUGGGUAAAAAAUUAUACAACCAGAUAUAUAAUCAUUUUUGUAUUUUUUCUAUGUUGUG